AAACAUGCCCGAACCCGCCAAGUCUGCCCCCAAGAAGGGCUCCAAGAAAGCGGUGACCAAGACCGCUGGCAAGGGAGGCAAGAAGAAGAGGAAGACCAGGAAGGAGAGCUACGCCAUCUACGUGUACAAGGUGCUCAAGCAGGUCCACCCCGACACCGGCAUCUCCUCCAAGGCCAUGAGCAUCAUGAACUCGUUCGUCAACGACAUCUUUGAGCGCAUCGCCGCGGAGGCUUCUCGUCUGGCUCAUUACAACAAGCGCUCCACCAUCACGUCCAGGGAGAUCCAGACCGCCGUGCGCCUCCUGUUGCCCGGUGAGCUGGCUAAGCACGCCGUGUCCGAGGGGACCAAGGCCGUCACCAAGUACACCAGCUCCAAGUAAACGGCUGUUUACACCACCCACCCAAACGGUCCUUUUCAGGACCACACACUCCCUCUCAGAGCACCUUCAUCCUUCUGGUUGCCCUCUGCUCCUGGUGUGUAAAUGAAAUGG